CGCGUUGGCUGACGGGAGAGUAGCCAGCAAGGCGAGCGGCCGGCGCGGGCCCCUGGCGGGCGGGCGGCGUACCCCAUACCCAAGACCCGAACGUGAGCACCGAGGGUUCGAGUCCCACCCCCGCCCGGGGCGGAGCCGGCGAGGGGCCUCGCGGCGUUGCAGCCGCAGCUCUGAGCGCCCGCUUCCUUUGCCGGGCCCAGGACCGGGCAGCGGAGGUGGCCCUCGCGAAGGACCCCAGUCUGGGCAGCGGACCGACCGGACGAUGAGUGACAAGCUCGACAACGAAGGCCCUGUGCCCAUGGAGGGCUGCGGCCAAGACAGCAGCAGUGCCCAGGGUAGCUCUGCAGCAGUAGCCCCCCAGGAGGAAGACAAGGAGGAGGAAGUGGUUGCUGAGGCGGCUGUAGAGUCCGUGCCUCAGCCAGGGCUCUACAGCUACAUCAGGGACGACCUGUUUACCUCUGAGAUCUUCAAGUUGGAGCUGCAGAACGUUCCCCGCCACGCCAGCUUCAGUGAUGUCCGACGCUUUCUGGGCCGCUUUGGCCUGCAGCCUCAUAAGACCAAACUCUUUGGGCAACCUCCCUGCGCCUUUGUGACAUUCCGCAGUGCUGCUGAGCGGGACAAGGCCUUGCGUGUGCUGCAUGGUGCCCUCUGGAAGGGCCGCCCACUGAGCGUGCGCCUGGCCAGGCCCAAGGCUGAUCCUAUGGCUAGGAAGAGGCGGCGUGAGGAUGAGGGUGAGCCAGCAGCCACAUGUAUCGCAGAUGUAGUGACACCUCUUUGGACCGUGCCCUAUGCUGAACAGCUGGAGCGGAAGCAGCUGGAGUGUGAGCAGGUGCUACAGAAGCUCGCCAAGGAAAUUGGGAGCACCAACCGCGCCCUGCUGCCCUGGCUACUCUCACAGAGGCACAAGCACAACAAGGCCUGCUGCCCGCUGGAGGGGGUUAGGCCAUCACCCCAGCAGACCGAGUAUCGUAAUAAGUGUGAGUUUCUGGUCGGCGUUGGGGUGGACGGGGAAGACAACACAGUCGGCUGUCGGCUUGGCAAGUACAAGGGCGGGACAUGUGCUGUGGCUGCCCCCUUUGACACCGUGCACAUCCCUGGGGCCACCAAGCAGGUGGUGAAGGCCUUCCAGGAGUUCAUCCGGUCCACUCCAUACUCCGCGUACAACCCAGAGACGUAUUCAGGCCACUGGAAGCAGUUGACUGUGCGCACCAGCCGCCGUGGCCAAGCCAUGGCCAUUGUCUACUUCCACCCCCAGAAACUGGGCCCUGAGGAACUGGCCGGGCUGAAGACCUCCUUGGCGCAGCACUUCAUGGCGGGGCCAGGCAAGGCCACUGGGGUGACCUGCCUCUACUUUGUAGAGGAGGGACAGCGAAAGACUCCCAGCCAGGAGGGCCUGCCCCUGGAGCAUGUGGCUGGAGACCGGUGCAUCCAUGAGGACCUGCUUGGGUUGACUUUCAGGAUCUCUCCUCACGCCUUCUUCCAGGUGAACACUCUGGCAGCUGAGGUGCUCUACACAGUCAUCCGAGACUGGGCCCAGCUGGACACAGAGAGCACAGUGCUGGACGUAUGCUGCGGCACAGGCACCAUCGGCCUGGCUUUGGCCCCAAGAGUGAAGAGAGUCGUGGGGAUUGAGCUGUGCCAGGAGGCCGUGGAAGAUGCCCGCGUGAAUGCCCAAGACAACGAGUUGAGCAAUGUGGAGUUCCACUGUGGGAGAGCCGAGGACCUGGUGCCCACUUUGGUGAGCAGACUGGCCUCCCAGCAGCUCGUUGCCAUCCUGGACCCGCCCCGUGCUGGCCUGCAUUCCAAAGUGAUCCUGGCCAUCCGAAGAGCUGAGAACCUCAAACGGCUCCUCUAUGUCUCUUGCAACCCCCGGGCGGCCAUGGGCAACUUCGUGGACCUCUGCAGGGCUCCAUCUAACCGGGUGAAGGGCACCCCCUUCCGGCCUGUCAAGGCUGUGGCUGUGGACCUGUUCCCGCAGACCCCACAUUGUGAGAUGCUCCUCCUAUUUGAGAGGGUGGAGCACCCCAAUGGCACAGGGGCCCUGGCACCCCAGGACCCUCCACCCCAGCCCCCACCAGGGCCCCCAGUGGACACCGUACAAGAAACAAGGGCUGCUGCCUCUUGCUAGGUCCCUGGAGAACUAGAACCUUGUCCUUUCAGAACAGGGGGUUCCCCAAGUCCUUGCCUCAGGAUGCUCAGGCAGCAUCUAGAAGGCACAAGACUUGGCUGUCCAUCUGUCCCCAUGGAUCCUAGGCUCCCAUAGCCUGUCCCCUACCACUCCUCCCCUUCUUUCCGGGUUAGCUGGGAUAUAAUGCUAGAAUAAAGAGUUUCUCAACUAUUGA